AUGGGUCUCUUGAGACAGUCUGCUCACCUGGCUGCUGUGACCGGGGCCGAGACACAGUUGGAAAUAGGAAUGGAAUCCCCCGGGAACUUUGUAUACAUUGAGGAAAACUACGAGAACGUCCCGAACGAGACAGACCAACCACCCGAGUCUGUCCCGCCCAAAAGUGAAUCGAGAACACCCAAAAGAAGAAGCAAAGGCAAGAAGCCUUCAUCUGAACCGGUGAAAACGACCCCAUCGGAGACGACUACUGACGUGCGAGAAAACCCCGAAGGAAAAGAGAAACAAAAUAUGGUUCAGAGUGUUGAUGAACUGCUAGAUGCUGAAAUCGCUCGCGAAGUGGACGAGUUGGUUCUGGUCUCUUCGGACGAACCUCUAAAUGACGAAUUGGAUCGCGAGCUUGAAUUGGAAUUGGCUGAACUAGACAAAACAAAUUAA